AUGCUGAACCAAUAUCCCUUUACCCUGUUCAACCCGGAGGAACCGCUGCCAAAAGUUCUAGUCAAAAGAGCAUCGAAGGAGCUGGGCGAGGUCCAGGGUCAAGUUAGUGCGCAUCUUGAGAGCUUCCGACGAUGGCUAUCCUCCAUGCCACAUCUCAAGUGUCGCACAGGUUGUCCUGAUGACUUCUUUAAUUGUUCUCAUUUUAAACUAUUAUUGUUUCAUGCAGGGUUAACCAAAGCUGGGGGAUUGUUAUUUACAGUGUAUUAGCUGAACAUCGUCUGCUAUGUGAUGACGUAAGGUGCACACGCCGUAACUUUGGGAAGCAAAAACCAACGGAAAUUGCAUUUUAUUCUUUUGGGAUUUUCAACGGUACUAGGGCUUUAGAAAGCAUUUCAAAAACUUGUAGGAAAAAAAUUACGUAAAUGAAUGAGGGCGACUUGUUACUGCGUAUGAAAGUAAUCAGGAGUAUCUGACCUAUCUCGUGAAAUGUUAACCGAAAUUCUGAAAGUUGUCUUCAAUUAGAAAAGAGUACGGGCGGUAAUAUUUAUCGUCGUGCGGAUACCCCAGUCACACUAGAAUGCCGGCUUUUGAUCGAGCUUCUUUCCAUCUGCCUGUAAAAAUGACCAGUGCAUUCGCAGGCGUUUUUCCCAUUUACUUUUGAUGUCCCUAUAAACCUAAAUUUGCUCCAUAGAAGACAUAUACAAAACAUUUGUUUUGUACUCAUUUGGUAGCGCAUAGCGUCUUCUCAAAAUUUUAUAAUUGAAGAUUGUGCUUGCUGGAUUUUAAAACGUUCAUAACUGCGAGAUUAUUUAAGACCACGAGUGUCCAUCCAUAAACCAUCGUAGCUGCUCAUUUAUUAAUGAUGCUUAUAGAUUUUGCGACAUGGUCCACAUCCAUUGCAGAAUUCCACGAGUGGUAUAAGACCUCUUCUUAAUAGCGCAUAAAUAUAUAUGAGUUUCUAUUUAAGGAAAACAUUCAAAUAGUUGUUUGCAGACCCUGAAUGCAAGUGUAACAUCAGUUCGAUUUAAAAAUUAUUCGCAAAUUGAAAGAAGUUUUGGAGGCCGAAGCAUAUCCUUUCUCCAAGUAUAAAAUCUAAAGAAUACAUACUUUUCUGCCAGUUGGACACGAGGAAUAAUAUUUAAGUGCCUGUAUUUUAUAAAAUAUACUUAACCUUAUAAGAACAUCUAAAAUAAAUAUAGAAAAUCCAUGCUUCGUAAGUGGUCGCUUUUUGUCGAGGGUUUUGUUUACAGGCGGCCGAAGAAAAUUUCAUUCAAAAGUAGUUACUUUUUCUGCAUCCUAUUCAACUGCCUACAGAGCAGCUGAGCUCUAAGUGUGCUUUCAAAGAGUCUUGUCUAAAUAAAUGCAAUAAAAAAACGUCCCUUCCUUGAAGCACAUGAAAAAAUCCCGCUGCAGGAAUGAAAUAUCUACUGAAUGAUAUUACCGACAAAGACAAGGGGGACUGGAAUGGCCAUUUCUGGCUUAUUAGCCGUCGUCAGCCAGCCAUACCCAAGCCCGAAGUGUGGAACACCCGAGCCUCGAACUCGAAACCUGUUGAAUUAGAAGUCAACGCCUCUACUCACCGGGCCACGAGCCCGUUGCCCUGUCGGUUUUUGAUCGGGAACAUACAAUGUUAGGGGGCGCUCACCGAUCGUUCAUACGGAACUCACUCGUCCCGUUGUGCCUUAAGGGCUUUCUCUCGAGCCCAAAGAGCAGCCGCGCAACGGCGCAUGAUAUAUAGGCAGAAUGAAAUAUCUACUAGCAUUUCGCAUCCUCUUUAGCCUUAUUUGUCUUAGUAAGUGCUAAAACCCUUCGGCGCUACCAACGUUUGGAGUCCGCCUGAGAAAGCAGAAUUUUCCUGUUUUAACCGCGCAUAAUUUGUUUUCUUCUGUAAAUGCCUCUUUCGGCAGACGACAUUUUCCUCUUGGCCUUUCUGCGACAUGCGAAGUUCAAUCACUCGAAAGCACAAAAACGCCUGGACAAUUUCUGCACUUUUCGAACAUCUGAAUCUGCUGGUGCUCCAUCGUGGUUCAACUACGAAGAGGACAGAUUAAAACUCCUUAUGGAAUUGUCUGACAGAAAGUGAGUUGAAAUUGGUUCGAGAAGCGAAAAUUGUGUGGAGAUUCUAUAGUCAGUUUAGCCUCUUGAUUUGGUACUCGCGACGACGCCUGUACGAAAGCCACACAUGUUUCACCUCGUAGGCCAUUGCGAUUUGAAGGGGUUUCACAUCUAACAAUCCAAAAGGUACCUAAAAGGGUCUUAUUUUAUUUUAAAGGGAGAGCAUUAAUGUCAAAGUACUGUGUAUGAUGAAGUGUUUUGAAAUAAGACGGACUCAGGUCAUUACCAUGUGUGCUUGUUUUCGACACAAAAUAUUUCAAUUAAGCAGCGAUAUUUCUACUCUAUUGAAAAUUUCAGGCUGAUCUCUGUGCUCGGCUUCACUCAAGAAGGCGUGGCCUGUAUUCUGAUGAAAGCAGGUAAGUUUGCUCUUUGAGACUGAUCAGGGUUUGUUUAGCGAAGUGGCCUCAGUACGCUAGUAAUCCACAGGAGCUGUACAGAGCCUGGCAUGCAUGGGGUGACACAUUUAUCUGCGACGGACGUAUUCAAAUAGGAGGCGGUGUAAUCAUCCUUGACCUUGACGGAAUUAGCAAAAAAGAAUUUAUGAAAUUUUUCGAUCCACGUACCGCCAAAUUGAGCACAGUAUAUUUGCAGGUAAGUAAUUUCUCAUCAUGAACGGUCAGGUUGGUUACUUGACCUGGUAAAGACACAAUUCUUAGUCCUGAAUUGCUCAGAAAAUACAUACUCAUGGGACUCGAUUUGUCAGAAUUAAGGAGGCGAUUACUGGCAACAGUACUUUAUUCACCUGAGAAGGAUCCGACUGCUCUUCAGAUUUAAGCUUAAGUGCCUCUAGACCAGUCAUAUUUCCCACCACGGACGCGUAAACGGGCUGCAGUCAAUAUUAUCAUUAUAGAUGGGCAGGCAAUAUUUGUUGCAACGAUGGUGAACUAAAAUAUUUCAGAAACAGAACCUAGGAUCUGGCACACUUAAGUAAUGUUUCACUAUUCUGGUGCUAGCAGUUCAAACAAAUUUGUUUCGCUCUCGCCUGUGUCUCUGGAUUUUGGAAAAUAAAGUAUUUCGUGAACGUCUCAAUAUCAUUUUUUGAAUGAAGCAAUCCAACCUCCAUCGUUCGAGAAAAUAUUGGAAAUCAAAAUCAUUUGUCUUCGGCUAUCCGCAGCCCAAUAAACUGUUCCUUUGCUUGGUGAAGUUACUCAAAUUGUCACUAUUUCCACCACAGCAAGUGUGGCUGUGUUUCUCGUGCAUGGUAUUUCGUCUGUCAAGAAACACACAUUCACUGUCUCCCCUCCCCUCAUAGUACAACACCAUUCAUCGUGUCAUGUCUUCUUGAAGGUAUCAUUAACGUCAAAAGUAUUUGAUGCAAGAUAAUGGUGCAAUCGGCUUUCCAGCAAAUGUAGACUUAGUACAUUAAUUUACUUUUAAUGAUUUUUCCCUUAUGUAAAGUCGACCAUCUUCACGACCUACGAGAACCUUUUUAGCAGUGCAAAAGUUUACAACACCCUUUCUUAGUUUAUUUUGCAUCUCCAGAAGGUUGCUUCCGUUCCUACUAAUGAGUCGAAAGGCGUUAGGGUACAUACGUCCUUGAAAAUAGGCUGGCGGUUAUCAUUUAAAGGGGGCUUAUGAAGAUUGACAGAUCCUCGACUCACACACUAACCUUAAUGAUGGAUUUACUUCUAAGUGAUUAAACGACGAAAUGACUGACAACACGCGGGAAUCGCCUACUGAAUUUCUAAUACAAACAAUGCUUAAUGGAUGUUAUCUACACAGACUGGAGUAAAUUGAACCCACGAAUUUAAACUCGUAAAUCCACUCCUGCUUUACAGGCCACGGCGCUCGCACAAACGCACAUAUUCUAUGCUCAUAAAUUAUCGUUGUUGGCAGACUAGGAUGAUUAUGCUGUGAGAAUGGCCUAUGGACACCACCAGACUUGAUCGAAGUUGCAGCCAACAGUCAAUCUUUUUAUCCAAACUGCAGUCUAUGUUCUCAGACUCGUCUAUCUAACGUCUGCCUUCGAUAUUCCACAACGCCGUAAAGCCAAACGGAGUGGCAAAUCUAUCAACCGAUGAAAAUUCAUUGCGCAUAAAUGAUCUAUCUCCAUUCCCCAUCUUCAACCCCAAAUAAACGGCCACCCCAAUAAGCCGAUGACUUAGUUGACUCGAACCUACCAAACAAGAGGUAUGCUUCGACACAGCUGGCAUCAGCCCGAUGUAAUUCCCUACAGAACUGGAUGUCAUGCUUAGAAAACGAAGGCAACAUGCAAACAUAAGCGUUUCAUUGUCAUCCACCGUCUUCUGAGGAAGUGGGCGGCUUUAAUUUACCGCUUUCAUCACCGUGAAAAAGUUGAUACACUUGCUGGCGUUCCUGAGUUAUACUGGUCAGAGCGCUAUUAAAUUAAUUAAGAAUGCUUUCAAGUGAACUCAGACACUAGUAUUGGACACUACUGCGUAAACGAGAGAAACAAAACGAGGAGACGACGAUUCUGGUAAAUUCGGUGUUUUUGAAGCGUCCACAAUCAUAACCGUCCAGCGCAGGCACCUUACUGGAAUGAAAAGCGGCCAAACAAACAAAUCCUUUCUACCUCAAGUAAGUAAAUUAUGGCACAGAUAGACUUAUUUUUUCCGAAUUAGAAAUAACCUUGACUUGAGGUUUGGGCACAACAUCGGUAUCAUCUGAAUUGAUCUGUGCUGUCGAUUUCAAAUGUCAUGCUGUCUACCGCCUUAGAAGAGUUGUAGAUUUACACACUGUCCAUUCCCUGGACUUAAUCGACUUGUUAUAAUCCACGCAUAAUUUUGUCCUUGAAUUUACUGAGAAAUGGGACGAUAUGAUAUAACAAGCGAACUGUGGUCUGUUAUCUCAAGGUUUUCAAAUUUUAUUAAUUGAUCCUAAUUAUCCAAAUGUAGCCGGAUAUUAAUUUAGGGGAUAUGAGUCACAAAUUGUUUUCGCAACAGGUUCUGGAGCGAAAAUGAGUUAUGCUUUGAAACGGAAUCCAGGAAACUCAAUUUGCUGUUUUGGGCUGGCUUCUAAAUGGAAAAUUAUUGCCUAAAUUAAGCUGUAAAGGCGAGUGAAAGAAAACCUUAACCUCAGUUACUUAAUACACUCUAGGGCACCGGAGUUUAGUUAAGCGUCUUUUCGGUUAGAUUUUGAAUAACUGAUUCGUGUGGCCCACGAUCCCCUCAACUAUGAUUGUUCUUUACGAAAGGAACAACUGGAUCCAUUUCUAUUUCUGUAUUUCCCAAACAUUGAGAAAUCGCCUAAUAGAGUCAGGUGAAUUUGCGGGGUUAUGUUUCGAAACAUGUGGUUGUCACUAUUUUCUUAAGUCGAUCGUUUUUUUUUCCAUCGGAACCAUAUUUGAUGAAAUGAAAACUUCCUACAAAAUGAGUGUAAGAGAAGACUACUCCGUGCGUAAUUUGAAAGUAAUAGGGUCGUAUUCAGACAGAAACAAAAUCCAUUCAGUGUUGUGUAACGCCUAGUUGUUGAAUAUUUUAAACGGAAUUAUAAGAAAGAAACAGAAAGUUUUUUAUAUUUAAGGUCAAAAUUUUGCCGUGUAAGAAACGCUUUAGUUUGCAUUCCAUGUUGAUAAAUUUUGUCCAUUCACGCAGAUGGCUUUCUUCCGCUAGAAAGCUUAUUAGUAAAUGUCAUGUAAAAUUUCAUAAAUUUUAGUGCUAACUGUAUUUAUAUUAUCACUUUGUACCUUGACCCCUAUGGAAUGCUGAUUGCUAGGGUUACCAGGCACAGGUACACGGGCUCUUCCUAGGUAAAAGGCAGGUUCGACUAAAAGUCUUGCCCUUAAUUAAUCGCCAUUUAUGAAAGGAAUGCUCACGCAAAAAUUCAAACAUAUCAACUAAUUUAGCCUGCUUGACGAAGACUUUUGCUCAAGCACAAACCACUUUCAAAUGUCAGCAUUUCAGUCGCAUGGCAGCGUGAUGCUUGACCGCAAAUUUGCACUGAUUUCGUCUCAGUCAGUGUGUUCACGGACAAAAAACACUUUUUGUUGCCCUAACCAGCAGUGGACAAUACUGCUUUUAAAUCGCAGCUGCAUUGUUGUAGACUGUUUUCUAGUAAACGAUGAUAAUAUGUACUAUCGGAGGCCCAUAGUGACAAUGUUUAUCCUGACAUUCUGUUUUGAGCAACCAAGUAAUCUUGCAUUAUUUUUCGAAUUGUGCAUUCUUUCGACUAACAGGAUAGAACUAACAAAGACACGCAAGACUGAGGAAUUAAACUGAUUUAGGCUUGACAGAUCAUUUUCAGCAAUUUGUUGUUCUCUCUCUUGUAAGUUCAGCAAAUCGACUUCAGUCCACAGUGUAGAUAAAGUGUUAUUUACUCCCAUCACUGUGUCCUACGUAGCUGACUUAAUUAAAAAAUCUGCGUUGAUGAAAGGUUUGAAGGCAACGUGAACUCUGAAAUUACUAAUGUUAGUAAGAACUUUAUGAAGUAUGUGCAGUAUGGUGGAUUUGACGAAGUACCACAUCACACUAACCCAUAUGAUUUUUUAGGAAGCUUUGCCCUUUCGCAUAAAAAAGCUGGUCUUCCUGAAUAUGCCAAAAUUCUUUGAAGUCUUUUUCAAGGCAGCAUCAACGUGGCUCAGUGAGAAGAUAAAAUCAAAGGUAAGAAGCAUUUCAUUAUGUUAUGCGUUUUCUAUCAGAACAAUAAAGGCAAGGUGGGGGGGGGGGGUCACAGGGGAUACUAUUUUUGAGGAGUGAUCGCGGCUACGUAUUCCUCAGAGGUACUUUUCAAAUAACCGCGUGCGUCAAAUGCUAGCCCUUUAGGAGAGGUAAAUGUGGGGCGUUUUGGCGAUACAAUAAGCAACUGUGGUCACAAGUUGUAGAAGUUGAUACCUGCAAACGGUUGAUAUUCAAACUCUUGUACUAUUUAAUAUCAUCAGGGAAUACUCAGUUUGGAGUUGGUAGAGGGAAAACAGGGUUGAUAAAGCUGACUGUUAUAGUCACGAAUAAGUAAUUAAACCUCUAAGGCUGGACACAUGUGCUAAAACCUUGCAGUGUUUUAUUUUUUCAGAGUUCUACCCAAAACAUUUCGGAUACGAAAGAUCACUAAACUACAACACCGCAUAUUUCGAAUGCACUUUGGAUCCGAAGGCGUGCCUAAUGACGUUAUGUCACAUAGGCGGACAUGAUAAAACCUGUCUGAGUUUAAAUCUAAAAAUAACCUGUUAAAGUUGUCCAUGAUUAGGACAAAGCCUGCUACCACUGUCACUGUAUGGCUACAAUGCUUUUUUUCAGUCGUUAAUUGAGGCAGAAAUGAUGCCGUUACAUCUAAAUGAGUGUGAUCUUCAACGGUUUAUUGCAAAAGGGACGAGAGCGGUUAUUUUGCUUCAGGACGCUAUUUGCAGGCCAGUCACUGUUGAACAUAGGCUUUUCAUGGAGUGCUCAUUCAUUUUGGAGAUCAGUCCCAACCGCUCUCUAAGAAAAUUUUCAUACUCAUCUCUGGGUUUGUUUACCCAACGAUAAAAAAUGGAAAAACAGAUGAAUCACAGGUUUAAUAAGAGUAUGGUGAAAAAAUUCAGGACCCUACGAUUGAUACUGGUAAUUUUAAUACUUCCUCGCAUUAAUUAAACAAAUUUAGUGACCAAUCCAAAUAAACAAACCACCAUUUAGCAUACAUUUUAUGCUAGGAAAGAUUUCGCCACCUCCGUUUCCGGUUGAUGAUCUGACACGUAGUUUUUGCAUUAUCGUUCAAGAAGUAUACUCUCGCCACUGUGAAUUCUCGCAAAGAAUUCAACAUUGCCGUUCUCAACAUUGCCGUGUAGAGAAAAUUUUAGCAAAGUGGAGCCUUUUUUCCUACCCACAGAUAUUAUUUCCACAGAAAGAUUUGAAGCAACUUUAUGACAGCGUACCUGGUCUAGAAGAACUGAUGCCUUCAGAGUACAAAGGAAAGAACUGUUCGUUUGACGAAAUUUGUGGUAAGCAUUUUUUUGAAAGAUUCAUGAUUUUGAGUAGCGUCCUACUACCUUUGAAAUUCCACUCAAGCAGUAUUAGUCGUAAAUGAUGGAUGAAACUGCACUGGUCAAGCUACUUAUUUACACACAACUUAACUAUCUGAUUAACAAUGGUUUGUGAGACAAUAACCGCUAAUUUUACGCAAAAGCGCUGGGGAUAACUGGAGAUCUGAGGUAACUCCAAUUAAAUUUCGAAUUCCACAUUAUUUCACCGACUACAGUUAAUUCAAGUCAGUUAAUUAAAAUGUCACAACGGAUCUUCCUCAAAGAUGUGUAACAAUACAAUUUAUUCGUGGAGAGCCUAAAAUUUGUUGGAUAAGGCGAAAGCAGAAAAUCGGAGAGCGCCAUUUUGGCUGAGAACUGCAUGCUCUGCAUAAGUAGAUAUGCAAGCAGUGAAGAUUACCAGGUAAGAAGCAAAACAUGCUACGGGUAGUUUGCCUCAAACGCCCAGCUCUUGUAAAAGGCAGCAGACUUCGAAAAGUCGGGGCGUCAAACACGUGCUACAUCCAAGCAAUCAGCCUAAAACGGAGCCAGUAGAGAGCUGCCCAGCUACACAACCAUACCACUGAGAGUUUUCGGCGAUGGUAACGGUAAAUUCUGCCCAACAUUGUCAGGAACGUGGAGAUCUUGUUCAGACGCCCUGACAAUUACUGAAAUACGUAACGAUCUGAGACAGGUGUAAUUACACUUUGAAUGCCAUUUUACCUUGCCGACUGCCGAAAAAGCUAGUGGGUUACUAAGAAGGUCACAAUUCACCUAUUUAGCAUAUUUAGGCUAAACCUUUACCUAUAGAAAUCUUAAAUCUUGUUGUAUAAGGUGAAAAAGAGACAUUCCAGUAGCUUUAACCCACUUUGAGUUUCAGCUGAAAAUCGUGGAGUAUAAAUGACCACGUAUGAGGCAAGGCAUUUUGUUAUGUGCCCAAAUCAUUCACCGGGCCGCACGUCCAUAUCUUACAAAAUGAAGAAGACUAUGAAAUAUCUGAGUGCCAAGAGCGCAUUACACGCAAGUAAGUAAGAAAACACCAAGCUAAUGAAAGGUUAAUUGGCCAUACGACCCUGGCAAUUACAACGUUAUACACGUCCAGCAUAACAACCUUCGCCAGUUACCCAAACAGGAUGAGAUCGUGAGCGUUGCCUAGUCAUCCGCGCCGAUUUGGACUAACGCUGGAUGUUCUUUCAUCCUUUUAGAAAAAAAUGUCAAGGAAUUCUCCGCAAUGCCGAAGCACUGUCUGGACUUUGGCAUAUCCGUGGACGAAUCAAAAAGGCCUUCCACUUCAAAGAAUCUGAUGCGUGCCUAUAAAGACCUAUCUGCGGAGGUAAUGGGAAUCAGUGGAACUUACGUGAAAGUCGAAGAUGAGAUUUAA